AUGGCCGACGACGCAGCUGCGACGGCUGAUGCUCCCAUUACCUUCACUGUCAAAUCUUCCACUGAUGCCAAAUUCACCCUGACCCUUCCUCUGUCGACUACAGUUUCAGAACUCAAGCAGAAGCUCUGCGCUCCUGAAUAUGCCGAUACGCCCGCUGAUCGCCAACGUCUGAUCUACUCUGGGCGAGUACUAAAGGAUAAUGAGACCUUGGAGACAUACAAAAUCAAAGAUGGUCAUACAAUCCACCUGGUGAAGAGUGCUGCCAGCAACCAACAACGCUCCGCCACCUCUACUCAGUCUACCUCCGCAACUGCAAAUGCCUCUGGCGCCACCCCAAGUCAGCCUGCGGCUGGUGUUCCCACUAACCUGGCGACAGGUACGGGGAACAACCCUCUUGCUGGCUUGACUGGGGCACGCUAUGCUGGUUUUGCUCAGCUUCCCGGAGCGGGUCUCUUUGGUCCUGAUGGCGGGAUGGGUGCUUCAGACCCUGAGCAUUUGUUGACCAUGCUUGAGAACCCUCAGAUCCAGUCUCAAAUCAACGAGGCCCUCCAGAACCCUGCCAUGAUCGAUAUGAUGAUUCAACAGAACCCUAUGCUUCGGGAGAUGGGCCCUAUGGCCCGCGAGUUUAUGCAGAGACCCGCCUUCCGUCGUAUGCUGACAGACCCUGCCUCGCUGCGGCAAAUGAUGCAAAUGCAACGGAUGAUGGGUAUGGGAGGCGGUCUAGGUGGCGGCAAUAGUGCUUUCCCGGAGCCUGGUGUCACAAACACGACCGAAGGUAAUCAGAGCACCCAGCAGCAGAACCCAUCGACCAAUCCCUUUGGUCAAAUGCCAGCGAAUCCAAUGGGCAACCCAUUUGCAGCUCUCUUUGGCGGCCCGGGCUUCGGACAACCCCCGUCCAAUACAACUACCGAUGGUUCCAAUCAGACCGAGGGCACCCAGGGUGCUCAAACUACGGCAGAUCGGUCUACGACCGAUGAGGGUCAAAAUCAAGCCCCUCAGACCGCUCAAAAUCCUUUUGCCGCUUUGCUUAAUCCGGCUCUGUUUGGUCAGGCCGGUCAGGCUGGCCAGGCCGGCCAGGCCGGCAUCAACCCUUUUGAUCCCCAGCAGAAUCCUUUCCUGCGUGACCCGGCACUCUUGAGCCAGAUGAUGCAGGGUAUGGGAGGAGCUGGUGCGGAGGCUGGUGCUGGUGCCAAUCCUCUCGCAGCUUUGUUUGGUGGUGGUGGUAGCGGUGGCUUUGGCUCCCCUCAACCACCCGACAAUCGACCCCCUGAGGAGAGAUAUGCAGAGCAACUUCGACAGCUGAAUGAUAUGGGAUUUUACGAGUUUGAGCGAAAUAUCGAGGCUUUGCGUCGAUCCGGCGGCAGUGUUCAGGGAGCUGUGGAGUACCUUCUAACCCGUUCGGCAUGA